AAACGCCAUGCGGUACUAACAGCAAAGAGUGUGAUCGUUUACUCUUCACGCCGCAGUAUUAAAAUGGAUUUCUUCGUGGUCGAUACCGUUGGUGACACCGCUAACAGCGGUCAUUUUAAUAUCCCAAAGUUGCCAAAGCUUCCCAAACCUUAUGUGAGUGUUUUCGAUGGAACCGUUCCCGCAACCGCUGUAGAAGAGGUGAAGAAGGAAGAGCUAAGCGAUGGUAAUGACGACGAUGACGACGAUGACGACUUUGGAGGAUUACCUCCUCCCGGUGAAAGCAUUGCGAAAAUACUGAGCACUCCCGUAGACGAUAUGUCUUCAAUUGUGGAUUACAAAAAACACGCACUAAAUGUGCGUACUUUCCGUGCAGACAAACGAGCGAGCAAAUCGACAGGCCGUUCUACCCACCAGGGAAUAACACAGAAGAACGAACUCAAUCAAACGGAUGUCAAUGCCGAAAUGAAAAACGCCGUAUUAACUGCUAGCAUUGAGAAGAAAGAUAGCAUUGCACGGUUGGGGAUGAGCGAAGCAGCUCGGCAGAAAUUAAAUCGGGCGGAACGCCAAAAGACCAAGGGCAGAGAAUGGUUCAACAUGGCUGCUCCAGAGGUGACGCCAGAGAUGAAGAAUGAACUCGAUCUGAUACGGAUGCGCUCCGUGUUGGACCCGAAAAAGGUAUACGGUCGGGUGGAGAAACGAAGCACUCCAAAAUACUUCGAGAUCGGUACGGUGCUCGAAUCGCCGUUGGACCACUUUAACGAGCGCGGAACUAAGAAGGCCAACAAGCAGUCGCUCGUGGACGAACUGAUGGCCGAUGCGGAGUUCCAGAAGUUUAACAAACGCAAGUACGCGGAAGCGUUGGAAAAGAGAAAGAAGAAAGCCUACCACAAGGCAGUGUUGAAGAUGAAGAAGGAUAAGAAAAAGAGGAAAUAAAUAGAAAGCUUUUGUUUAUUCGU